CAACUUUAUAUCUAUCGUUAAAAAAAUAUUUAUUUUUCAUCAAACUCAGCGACACCUCCCCAACUUCUUCCUUCUCAUGCUAUCUCCUAAGCGUAUUUCCACGUUAGAAUCAUGAUUUUGGAUGAGGUUGAAGUUGCGAAGAAACGUUUUGGGAAGCCGAACACGAUAGUGAUGAAUGCGGUCAUGGAGGCUUGUGUUCAUUGCGAUGUCAUCGAUUCAGCUCUGACGAUGUUCCAUGAGAUGAAAAACCCCAAGGGUUGUGGUGUGGAUACUGUCACACAUGCUAUGCUCUUGAAGAAAUGCAGUAAUAUUGAGGUUCAGCGGGAGAUUUUUAAAUGUCUUGGAACAGUGGUGUACAACAUUUGGGGAGGAAUUAAUACAUCACUUGGCUUGGAACAAUUUAUGCUGGAUUUUGUUGACCAAACUGAUUUCAUGGAAUAUUUUAGAGCGUCCUGGUUGCCAAAGAUUGAAAUGUGGCUUUCAACAAUGAGAAAUUUUCCACUAGCAAGCCAGGAAGCUUCUGGAGCAUUAGAAGCCUAUCAUAUCAAACUGAAAGCCAAACUUUUUGAUGAUUCACAUCUUGGAGCACUGCAAAGAGUAGAUUGGUUAGUUCACAAGCUAACAACUGAGUUGCAUUCAAGCUAUUGGCUUGACUGCAAUGCUGAUGAGAGUGAUUCUUUCCAGAAUGUGAAGGAGGAAUAUAUUGCUUCUACAUCAUGGCAUCGAGCACUUUAAAUUCCUAACUCUGCUAUUCCCAACUCUGCUUCAUUAAUCCUAUGCCAUAAAUAGAAGAUGUUGUUAUAUCGACAGAAUAAGUAAGAUUCUUUGUUUCAACCAUUUAUGUUACAAUUGUCACAUUUAUUAGGCCAACUUUGCUUAUCUUGCAGAUAAGGAGCUAGCAAAGAAC